GGUCCGGGUCUUCCCUCCGCCCGCUCCUCUCCACUGAACUCCAACCCCCGCGCUCUCUAUCAGCAUCUCAUUCCUGUCUCAAUAUGUCUCAAGAUGGCGGCCAAUGCAGGAUCGAUGUUUCAAUAUUGGAAGCGCUUUGACUUACAACAACUACAGAAAGAACUAGAUGCCACCGCCACACAGCUUGCCAACAGACAGGACGAAAGUGAACAGUCCAGGAAGAAACUAAUUGACCUGAGCCGUGAGUUCAAGAAGACCACUCCAGAGGAUUUACGGAAACAGGUCGCCCCUUUGCUUAAGAGCUUCCAAGGAGAGAUCGAUGCCUUGAGUAAGAGGAGUAAAGAAGCAGAGGCCGCCUUCUUGAACGUAUACAAGAAAAUAAUUGAUGUCCCUGACCCUGUACCUGUGCUGGAGCUGGCUCAGCAGCUGCAGCUGAAGCUCCAGAGGAUGCACGACAUUGAGACAGAGAACACCAAACUUCGAGAGACACUGGAGGACUACAACAAAGAGUUCGCAGAGGUUAAAAACCAAGAGGUCACCAUUAAGGCCUUGAAGGAGAAGAUCAGAGAGUAUGAGCAGUCUCUGAAGAAUGAAGCGGAGAACCUGGCCCAAGAGAAGCAGCUCCAGCUACACAAUGACUAUGCAGAGAAGGAGAGAAAACUCCAGGAAAGCCAGGCCUCCAUGUCCUCCAGGCUGGAAGAGGCUGAACACAAGGUCCAAUCCCUGCAGACAGCACUUGAAACAACUCAGGCUGAGCUUUUUGAUUUAAAGACAAAGUACGACGAAGAAUCCACAGCAAAGGCCGAUGAGAUUGAGAUGGUGAUGACAGACCUGGAAAGAGCCAAUCAGCGAGCGGAGGCGGCUCAGAGGGAGGCAGAGGCACUCCGAGAGCAGCUGUCCUUGACUAACCAAUCCCUGCAGCUUAACAGCCCGGCCGAGGCUGACCCCAACACGGAACAGGCUGCCGAGGGGGCAUCCCACUCCAGUCUUGAGGCGGAACUCAGGGCCAAAGAAAGAGAGACCGCACAGCUGGUGGAGGAUGUCCAGAGACUGCAGGCCAGCCUGAGCAAACUCCGAGAGACCACCAGCUCUCAGAUCACACAGCUGGAGCAGCAGCUGAGCAGCAAGUCGGCAGUUCUCAAGGAGCUGGAGGAGAAACUGGAGAAGCAAGCUGACUAUGAGGAGGUUAAGAAGGAGCUGAGUAUCCUUAAGGCGAUGGAGUUUGGAGCAUCUGACUCUCUGCAGGAUUCUUCCAAACCUCUGGAGGUGCUGUUGCUGGAGAGGAACCGCGCUCUUCAGUCCGAGAGUGCCGCUCUGCGCAUCGCCAACACGGAGCUGAGCGGGUCAGCCGGACGAAAAGGGACAGAAGAGUCUGCAGCAAAGGAGGAGACUUUGGGCAGCGAUCCCUCUUCCUCGUCUCCUCCUCCUCUCCCCUCUCUCCCUUCCUCCUCUCAGCUGCCUAUGUCUCGUGCUCCCAUGGACCUCCUCAACACUGCCACCACAACCAGCAGCAGCGAAACACACCCCUUUACUCCCACAGGCAUUGGACAGGACAUUUACUCCCCUGUGUUUCCUCUGGUGGGUGGUAAGAUGGCUUUGAACUCCCUGAUUCAGCGACAGCUGCUCCAAACCUUCUACUCAAAAGCCUUGCAGGAGUCAUCUGGAAUCCACAGUGGGGCGCUACUGUUCACCCCAUUCACUCCAACCUUGAGCUCCAUCCCUACCUCCACCCCCGGCUCAGGGUCUGCUGCUAUCCCACUGGCAGCCAGCAGCCCCCAGCCACCUCCAGCCAGUCCGGACAUGGCUCCCGUCAAUGGGAGCAGCACAGUGGGCAGUGCCCCCUCGCCAUCGCCCAGCCACUCUGACGCCACCACCGGCAGCCUUCUGGAUGGGGAGGACAUGGACACAGCAGAAAUUGCACGGCAGGUGAAAGAGCAGCUGAUCAAGCACAACAUAGGUCAGCGUGUGUUUGGCCACUACGUGCUGGGACUGUCCCAGGGUUCAGUCAGUGAAAUCCUGGCCAGACCAAAGCCGUGGAACAAGCUAACCAUCCGAGGGAAGGAGCCCUUUCAUAAGAUGAGGCAGUUCCUCGCCGAUGAGCAGAACAUCCUCGCCCUGCGCAGCAUCCAGGGACGGCAAAGAGAGGGCUCAGGCCAGCCCCAGCUUAGCCGAGUGUUUCAGGAUGUUCCGAAGCGGAGAACCCUCUCCGAUACAGCUUCACACACAGGGAACAUCACUGCUCGUGUCCGCACCCCAGAAGCAGGUUCAGAUGAAGCCAUCAAGUCCAUCCUGGAGCAGGCUAAAAGAGAGCUGCAAGUGCAGAAAGUUGAUUUGUCUCACGCGCAGCCGUCAUAUGCAGGAUUGAAAGGAGGGGGUGGAGGUGGAGCAGGGAGCGGAGGGAGCAGUGGGUCGGACGAAGCGAUCCGCUCCAUCUUAGAGCAAGCACGCAGAGAGAUGGAGGCUCAACAGGCUGCACUCGAGCCCAUCCUCAAAGCCUCAUCUUCCUCCUCAUCAUCACUAUCUCAGAGAGACCUCCUGAGCUCCACACUCACUGCCCCCCUACCCCCCUACAACCCCCUAGUUCUGUCACUCAAGAAGCCAGCCAGUGCACUGUUGUCAUCCCCAUCGUCCCCAUCUCCAAUCCUGGACUUCAGCUCUGGUGUGAAGAGGGAAAGCCGAUCUUCUUCAGGAAUCGACAUGUCUGCCGACGGCGCCCUCAGGGUGGGUCGGACCUCCGAGGGUUCGGCCCGCUCCGGGAAUGCUGGAGGAGUGGGUUACUGGAGAGAGCAGUGGUGGAGCAACAUGCACACAGAUUCCAGAAGGAGCAUAUCGAACCAGGCAGGAGAAGAGAACCACAACCAGGAGGACUCCAAAGAGGGAAUAUUGGGUGACGGCGUUUCUCGGCACAAACCGUGGAACAAGUUAAACCAGAGGAACAGAGAGCCAUAUCUUCGCAUGCAGCCAUGGCUCAAUGGCGACCAGGGACAAAACGCACACAUCCAGCAAGCUCAGAACCAAGCAGAGAGUACACCGAAGACAUCAGCGAGCUGCAGCCCGGCCCCCGAGUCCCCUCUCAGUUCGGCUGAAGAGUCUGUCAACGGCCUCACGGGGGAUCCCCUCAUCUCACAGUCCUCCCUCAAACCUCCAUCGGAUGACCCCUCAGGUGGGGAGUCUCAGCCGGGCACCCCACUGCCCGUACCAGGUCACUCGGGUCUCAGCAUUCAGGAGAUGGUUGCAAUGUCUCCUGAACUCGACACUUAUGCUAUCACCAAGAAGGUUAAGGAGGUGUUAACCGACAAUAACCUUGGCCAACGUCUGUUUGGGGAGACUAUCCUGGGUCUGACUCAGGGUUCUGUCUCAGACCUGCUGGCCAGGCCCAAACCCUGGCACAAGCUGAGCCUGAAGGGCAGGGAGCCCUUUGUCCGCAUGCAGCUCUGGCUCCAGGAUCCACACAGUGUGGAGAAGCUCAUGGACAUGAAACGCCUGGAGAAAAAAGCUUACAUGAAGAGGCGGCUGAGCUCCCUGAGCGAUGGUCACUUGGUAGACGGGGGUUUGCCCGGCUCCGAUUACGUCCAAGGCUCCCAGAGUCCCGGGCAACAGCAGCUGAAGAAGCCCAGGGUUGUGUUGGGCCCUGAAGAGAAGGAGGCCCUGAAAAAGGCUUAUCAGCAAAAGCCUUAUCCCUCCCCCAAAACCAUAGAGGAGCUGGCCUCCCAGCUCAACCUGAAGACCAGUACUGUCAUCAACUGGUUCCAUAAUUACAGGUCACGCAUCAGAAGAGAGCUCUUCAUAGAGGAAAUCCAGGCAGCCGGAGGAGUGGGGACUGGCAGCGAGGGGGGCUCCCCUUCCCUCCGUGGGUCCAAAUCAGGGGAAGGGGAUAGCUGUGAUGGCACAGAGUCUGAGGGCACAGCGGAGACUCGCCACGGACUAGGCAUCGGCAUGGAGGACCCCAGAGGAUGCAAGGACCACGACAUGGAGGCAGAGUCUGAGGCAGGGGGCUCUAAUAAUUCCCCUGCCCAGUUAGACUGCACCACCUCAGGCUUAGCCGGGCCAGGCUCCAGCUGUGGGCAGAGUGGACUGGGGCUCUUUGGGCUUACAGACGCGUCCUCCGGUGGCUCUGCCUCUAGUACAAUUCUCCCAGCCUCUGGCCCCGCCAGAAACCCCAGGGACAACAAUCUGCGCAAGAAGAAAGCAGCCAAUCUCAAUAAUAUCAUCCACAGGCUGGAGAAGGCUGCAAGCAAAGAGGAUCCUUCAGAGUGGGAGUUCUAGCUCCCCCUGACUGUCCUUCAUCCCCGUUGUCUCCUAACCUCACAACCUCUAACCUUGGACCCCUCCUGCUCUGUUCCAGUUGGAGGUUGGACACAGCCAAAGUCAAGCUCAGCAGCCAUUUUUAUUACGUAGAAGCUUUCCAAAAAAGAGGAAAGAAACAAAGAGUGGUCAGGGGGGAAAAAAAGCCCUUAAAAGAAGAUUUACUGAAUACAUAGAAGAACAAAAUAAGAUAACUUAAGUGUCUCUCCUCUCUUUUUUUUUUUUUUUAACUGAUAUUUGUUUUUGUACUGAGAAAAGCACUUAGCCGUCCUGCUGGCCUCUGGCCCUGCUGUACCUCCCCCCCUAUCACCAGCCACUGGUGCACCAGACUGAUUCGUCCUGAGCUGGGGUCUGACCCACAGCUGGGGUUGAAACCUGUACUCAGUGACACAGGCAAGGCCUGACACAGCAGCUGUCACAGUGAUAGACACUGAUAGAUGAUAGAUAGAGACAGGAACUCUCUUACAAGAACUCUCACUUUGUUAAAGGAGAUUCUUUUUCCGCUCUUCUUGUCACUUCCCAAGUGUCCACAAACCUCCCCUCACUCAGUGAGAUGCCUCAUUUUUCACACUGUAGAGUGACUGUUACAAACCCUUUGCCUUUUUCACUCACUGCGUGUGUGUUUUGUGUGUUGGGGGGGGGGGGGGGGUUGUGUCAGUGUGCACCUGUUUGUGUGUAUGCGUUUGCAUGCAUACACACUCAGAGAAUGCGUGUGUGUGUGUGUGGGUGUGUGCGCGCUCUCUUCUCAAUGGCAGCAUUUAUUUUUGUGGUUUUUUUUUUUUUAAGUCACUCCUACACUCAAAGCCUGCUGGCUGAGCUGCCGGGGGUUACUGACUGAUGAACUUAGACCUGUUGCGUCGCCUAUCCUGCUGACGGCCAUGGGAUGGCCAGAAGGAUCUGAGGUUCAUCACAAACACACGUACUCACCUGAAGAGGAAGGAAGGAACCCUCUUUUUUUUGCCUCCUUAGACCUUUCUUUUUAGGAUGAAGGAUGAUCUGUUUCUGAUACUGCUAUCUGGUUGCCAAUAAGAGAUUGCACAGUCUAUUGACUCUAAAGAGAACAAAAUAGUGAUUUUUUUUUAUUUUAUUUUAAUUUUUGGAAAGCAUUUUAAUCCGUACAAACUAAGAACAGAAAACGUUAAAUUGUUGGGAAUUUUUUAUUUUUUUUCUCAAAAUACAGUACAAAGAAAUUCCAGCAGUACUGUAGCUGUCUAACAUUUCUUUUGUCGAUUCAGGCGGUGCACAUCUGAAUCCAGCACUGGACCUGCUGGCGUCUGUGUCUGCACCUCUGGAAAAAUGGAGAAAAAAAACAGUUUCUGUUCACAAACUCAUCUUUUAUAGGCCAAAUCAGGAAGAGUGUGUGAGUGUGUGUGAAUACUUGUCUUCUUGUGUGCAUUUUUGCUUGCCUGCAUGUAAGUCAGGGUUAAGGUCAAUUCACUCAGUUGAAUUUAAAAGAGAAAAAAAAAGUAUAAAAAAAAUAAUAAUUUUAUUGACUGAAAAAAGGGUUUAAGCAAGCAAACUUGCUGAACUUGUGUACUUUCUGCUGGUUGCUGUCGAAGUGAGUUCCCCCUGACCCUGGUGUGAGUAGUUGCCACUCUCCUCCAGUCUCUCCUGUAUCCAGGGAUGUAAGUCUUUUUUGCAUUAAAUUCUACUGUAUACACUACAAAAUUAUAAGGCAUAUCACCUCCUCCCUGUCCCACACAAGCCCUCAGUGCCUGUCAGCCCACUGCCUCCCCUUUUGUGCGUGUUUGCGCGGAUCCACGCAUGCCUGUUGACACAUGCGUGUGUGAGAUUGAGGAGCGUUUCGUGUAAUCCAAUGCGUGGGGGUCAUAUUUCGUAUCUACUUGCACACACUACUAGUGCACAACUGACACCCUUCUUUAAGCUGUUUGAUGCGUUACCAUUACAUUAAUCUUCUCACAAAGUAGUGUAUUAUGAUUUACUGUAGCUUGGUUUUAUUGCUAUUUUGCAUUUAUAGUUUGGUUUUUAUUCUGCUUAUUUAUAGGUGCUGUAUUUUUUUUUCAUUUAAUGUCUUAUCAUACAAGUUGUCAAUUUUUUAAGGGAUUAUACUGUUCCUGAGGGCAAGUAACAUUUUUAUUAGCGUAUAGACUGCCGGCAGUAUUGGUUAAUAUUUACAAAGAUGUACUAGUUCUCGUUUGUUUGUAUAUUCAUGAAACCUAAAGUUUAGUGUCAUUUCAGUAGCUUUGAAAACGUGUUUUGCUACGGUUCAUGCUCCCAUAAGCAGAAAGCUCUUACCACAACUGUUAUACUCUUCAAAUGCUAGCUAGAGAAUCAAAGGACAUAUCAAGAUCAGUAGAUAUCAAAUAGCCUAAUCCUUCUGUUUUUUCUCCUGUUUUCUGAUCCUUUUUAUAUAUUAACCCCCCCCUUGGGCAAGCCCAACACUAACGCUUGGCAAGGCAUGCAGCCAAAUGUCGCCCAUCUUAUUAAUCACGCCAAUGUAAUAAUAACUGCUCCAAGUUUGUACUUUUUAUCAAAUUGGUCAAGUGGAAUUACCUCACUUGAGAACUUGUGUUGAAAAGAGGUCAUAUCUGCCAAAUUGAGAUUAGAGAAUUGUACCAGCUAGCAGGAGUGCUGCGCCACAAUGAGCAGAGAUAGCCAGCCUAUGAUUAUGCAGAAUUUCUAUUGCAGUUCGUAACAAAGCACUUAGCGAGAUCUUUUUAUGACUGAAACCUUGGACAGGGUCUGCAAACACUACAACGGAAAUCCCAGAAGUCUGGGACAUUUAUGCCUUUUAAGAAAAAAGAAAAAAAAAUGUGUGGUUGAGAACCAAGCACAGACUCACAUUGACACUAAAAAUGGAGACGUAAUUUGGCUGGACCCAUUCUCAUCUCGUCAUAGACUUUAUUCUUAUCAAACUUCUCUUGUAUAGUACAGAUUACAACCAUCAGCCAUAGCUGUUCUUCAAUUAAAUCCAUUGAUCAGAAUUGGAUUUUCUAAUAAUAAUCUGAUAAUUGUAAAACUUUUCCAACGUGGGCUCCUCUCCGGGAGAGCAGAUGUGAGACGUCUGUCCUCCCUGAAGGGCCUCUGUUGGACCGCUGGGACUGGAUGACCACACGGAUUAUUGGAACAUUUCAAGGGUCCAUCAGCUCACCUGAACCAUCAUCAGAUUUGUGCCUUUAUCUGCCAAGCAGGGCACCAAGCUAGUGAUAUCAUCAAUCGCUCACCCUGGUCCAAAGUUUUCUUCUGGUGGUCUUCAUGUUGGUACUCAACGCGUUCUCUGUGGAAGCUUGUGUGUAUUUGCUAGUAACGGGAGGAAAGAAAAGGUUUUUACGACUGAGCUGCAGUCAUUUUUGGAGUCCGGGUAUCAUUUCAAACUAUUGUCUAUGUUUGUAUAAUCCCCCCCCCCUCAAGUUUUUUCUUAUGUUGUACUCAAACGAACCAUCAGCGAAAGGCCAGAGCUUUGAAUGAAGGAGGAAGCAUGUAGAAUCAGCAUACACUGUAAUAACACUGAAUUUAUUCACGGGGCAUUUUGUAUUUUUCUGUUUGUGUCAGGUUUGCUGUGACAUGAAUUGCGGCACUACAGGUAUUGAUAAUGAAGUGUGCCAAUUCUAAUGCUUAUUUGGAAAAAAAAAAAAAGAGAGAUGUGUAAA